AUGACCACUUUUCUCAACUCUCCAAACACCCCCUCCAAACCCGCACAUACAUUCUACCAUGACGACAGCGCAUCUCGGAGCCACAAGGCAAAUCUGUCUGGCGCAACUAUGCUGGACUUGUUGAGUGGCCCCGAAGGAUCCAUCGCCGCAGCAUAUGAGUCUUCGAGCAUGCACCAGCGUUCUUCCAGGUCAAGGCGGCCAUCCCAAGCCUCGAUCACCAAAUCUCAAUUGCGCCAGACGAACCGCACUCUGAUUGAGAUCAUACACAAUGUUCAGGCCGAGCUAGCGACACAGAGAGAGGCAAUGCUCGACAUGCAAACGCGAAUCCUCCAGCUCGAAAGUGCCUCGCAGAUAUACAACCAGGACCUUGGCCCGCGUCAUACAAUCGCCGGCCACCGCAAACGGUCUCAAAUCAGAAGCGCAGAGGGCGCUACACGCGAAACGCAGGGACGUUGGGACGCAUACCAGAAAGAUGUAGACAUGCUUGGCCCUCCUCUUAUCGCGAACGAGUUCUGGAAGUCACCUAGUCGUUUCUCUGGCUUCAACUUCAACUUCGAUCUACUUGAGACGAUACCGAAGUCUCUACACCCCCCUCCUCCAGAUGUGGAUGAUGUUCCGAGUCUUUCUCCAGAUGAGCAGCCAGAAACAUAUACGCCAGGGCUUCGCCGGAUUCCCGCCAGAAUUACCCGGAUCAAGACAUCCGAUCCCACUACGAUGUAUCAUGAUGCGGUGAGCGACAUCAAAGAACACGUCGUAGAGUUCGAAAAAAUCAAUGCCCCCAUGCCUGUCAAGCUCCAGACACCGCCACGAAGUUCACGCAGCAAGUUGACAUCGAUGUACAGCCGGGAUGAUGAAAUUACGGCAUUACCCCGGAUUCCCUUCCAGCCGGCACCAAGCACACAUAACUCACAUCGCAGCUUGAUGGGUAUCAAAAGCUUGCUAUUGUACAGGACAUCAUCGAGGAGUCAGAAAUCUGACUACCCUCCAUCGGAUCAUCGACGUUCAGGCUCUUCUUUACGCUGUUGA